AGUUCGGCCCUGAACAGCAGCCUCCCCGUGACCAGACAGUUGAAGGAUGCUUCAGCAAAGUGGCAGAUAUUUAUUUUCAUUCUGGAUUCAUCAACAUCAAUCUACAUCAAUGACUACAGAGACGUCCUUCAGUUUGCUAGAGACAUCGUGGCUCGCCUGGACAUCAGCCAGAGGAACACUCGAGUUGGAGCUCUCACUUUCAGCGACGAUGUUUCACGACCACCAUUGGAGCUAAACAGGUUCCAGGUCAAAGGUGACCUCCUAGCCAGCAUCACAGAACAAAGCCUGCCCUACAGAACCGGAAUCACCAACACAGAUUUGGCUAUUCGCUAUGUCCGAGAGAGUCUCUUGUUCCGAGAAGGUGUCACCAAGGUCAUAGUUGUGGUCACGGACGGUGUGUCAAGGUCACCUGGCAGCACUGCCAGAGAGGCAGAUCUAGCUCGGGAGCAAGGCUUCUACGUCUUUGUCGUCGGUGUCGGCCAGUACCAGGAUGAGCGGGAAUGGCAGAACAUCGCCAGCGACCCUGAUGACCAGUUCGUCUUCAACGUGACCAAUUUUAGAAACCUUGAGCAAGUAAAGUACACGCUGCCCAGCAGAAUCUGCAAUCUACCACCACUGCAAGUAACCAGACGGUGCAACAUUGCCAGGAAUGCCGAAGUUUACUUUGUAGCUGGACCCUCUGGAACCCAGGAUGCCGUUCAAGUGAUCGAUCGGUUUGUGGAAUCAGCUACGGACAACAACAACCAGCUGCGGGUCAGCUAUCUCCUGAGCAUCUGCAACAACGCCGAGAAUGUGCCACUGUCGAGCCUCAACAACUACUGCGACAGAUACCAGGCCCCACCACCAGCAAACGUGGACACCUAUGUCUUGCUGUUGUCCAGAUUAAGAACCAUAGCCAGCCAGUCACGCAGAGGCCAGAAGCAGGUGGCAGUUCUUUUCCUCGACGAGGAAAGUCUUCGAUUGAACAGGAAUGGUCUGAUCAACGAGGCAAGAAACAUCGGGCAGCGGGACAAUGUUGACAUCAUCGUGGUGGACCUGGCCACGCGAGGUUACGGAAACGUUAUCCAGAACAUCGCCUCUUACAGGGACAAUGUGAUCACAUUCGGACCGGGCGGCGUGGCCUCACAGAGACCAGUGCUGAACUCAUUCCUGGAGAGAGCUUGUACAGUUAUCAAUGGCGAGGAUAUCUACAUUCCCCCUGUAAACACGUAA